AUGAAUGCCUCGAUAGACCGAGAGCACUUCAAGACGCUGACGCACGCCAUUGCGAGCCUGGGGCGGACGAGCGAGUACAUUGCUGUCCAAGGUACGAGGAUCGACGAUGGAUCGCACAAGCUUCGUCUCUCGGCCCUUAACAAGGGCCAGACGGCCUUCGUCGCUUUCACUUGCUACGAGGAGUUCUUUGACAGCAUAAACAUCCCCGGUCAACGCUUCGAUAUCACCCUGAAUGCAAAGGCACUCCUGUCUGUCUUGAGACAUCAAAACACAAAACAGAUCCACUCGUGCGAGCUCGAGCUUGUUGGCGAGAGCGACGACAAUAUGGAAGCCGAAAGCCGCUUCGUUAUCCGUUUUUAUUCAUCAAAGAACUUCAUGCGAAGUUUCAGACUCACCUACGAGUCAAAGCCGGCCUUGUUCCCUCGCGAUGCAAAGUCCGACGUCAAUCGAAUCUGCAUCAAGGCAAAGUCGUUGCAGGAGCUCCUCGAUCAUUUCCCCACGAGCUCCUUCUCGUCGGCAGUGACGCAGGGCGAAGUAUCGAUGGAGUGUGCGAGUGACUACUGCAUGAUCAAGAGCCGUAUCGAAGACCACAUUGACAAGAGUCGAUGCUUGGAGACGAAUGUAAUGGUUGAGCCCACCGCAUUCGAUCUGUACGACAUUGGCGAUCGACAGAGCAAGGUCCAGUUCGGUCUCAAGGACUUCAAGAAUGCCAUCAUGUUGGCUGACACGCUCAAGUACUCCAUGUAUCUCUCCUUUCACCGCGGAGGCCAGCCGAUCAUCAUCGAGAUCAGAGUGCAGGAUCAAGGGAUGCAUCAGCCUGUCGCCGUCGCACAAUUCACCAUUGCGACCAGCGAGCCAGAUGAGGCGUCCAACGAGGAGAUUGCACAGCAUCAAGAGCGAAGGCAAGAAGCUCUAGACAACCAGCGACGCCGGGAGAGAGAAGCGCAAAAGCAGAGGCAAGAAAGGCACGAGGUGACUCGAGAAGAAGAAGAGCAGAGCAAUAUCUUAGAGGGUCCGGCAGCUGUGGGAAGGCACCAUGGCCCCGUGCGCAGCACUAUGAUGGCGGCAGGAGAAGAGAGUGCAGCAACAGCAGCGUCGUCCAGCCGGAAUGAGGCAGAUGCACUUACCGCAACGAAGAAGGGAGGAAAGCCGCUAUUCCGAGAAGAUGCAAGCUCUUCGCAGGGGUCAGUGAUGCCUGGCGCUGGUGCACCGCCACCCUUGCUCCCAAAGAGAGUCGAAACGGAGGACACAUUUGACCACGACUUUGAAGACAACGAUGCCGACCUCCAAUUGAUGGAGGAUCUCGAAGGAAGGAUUCAAAGAGGCGAGGUCGUGCCACGAGGCUCCCAAGGGUCACAGAUGCCACCAGAAGGCUCUCAAGGCCGAGUCGAACGCGGAGAGGGAGAGGAGCAAGCAGGGGCGAAUCUGCAGGAUGUACAGGGAGCGCCAUCAGAGGUGGAAGGCACGACGAUAGCUACGACGACCGCUUCGUAUUCCAAUUCGCUGUCUCAGCAGCGCCGAACCUUGACUCGCGUCGACUUUGCAUCUCCUCUUCAGGAAGACUCCGAAUCGAGCAGAGCUGCUGCUGCGCCCCAGGACGAUAACAAUGAGGAGAGUCUAGAAGAGCAAACCGAAGAAGCCGAAGCGGAAACGGAACUACAAGAUUACGACGAGGGCGUCAGGAUUGCGAAAAGAAGGCGGGAGAUGGUGCUUGGAGAGGACUCGUUGCUGAAUGACAGUGUCACUUCGGGCGAUGAGAACGAAGAAGAGGAGCUCGGCGCGACGGACGACGAAGGUGAAGGGCAAAAAGAGGCGCAGCAAGGAAAAGAGCAGGAAGACUUGAUUCCUGGAACGAAUCCAGAGAAUGAAAAGAGCGGCAAUAGUAAUGCCCAGUCUUUUGAGCCCCUUUUUCCGCUUUCCUGAGGAAACGUCACUGUUGUAACAAGAAAACACGCUGCACUGUACCAUAGCAAGUCCUUGAACGUCACACGAAAGCAUAUAAAGAU